CGGUGACGCGUUCCGACUCGCAGUUUGAUUGGCCAUCGAUGCCUGUCAAUCACCUACAAAUAGUUAGGUUACGUUGUGUUGUUGUGACAUACGCUAUACUCUGCGCUGACAUGACAUGAGGGAAGGUUGAGUGUUUUUGUGCGACACGCAAAAAUCUUCGACACAGAUGCAGUUGGAGGAUGGCUAGCAAAUCAAGUGUGCGGAAAGUUCGGAAUGAGGACAUCAACCCAUGCAUUGAGGAGAGUGAUGGUUCUCAGAAAUGUUUGGAUGCAUACAACUAUGACAAGAGCAAGUGUUCUGCAUACUUCAUGAAGUAUAAAAACUGCAGGAAGUACUGGCAUGCUGUGAUGCUGCAGCGGAGGCGUGACGGAGUGAAGCCGGAUAUGCCGACCGCUGAGGAGCGAGAGCAGAUCCUCACAGCCCUCGGAGGAAAGCCCUACUGACUCAACACUUUAAUCCAUCCCUCUGGAUUCAGUUCUGUGGGGAAAGAGGACAAUCUAAUGUGUGACUGUAUCACUUCAGCAAUUCUGUUUAUGAUACUGUAAUUACAGCCUAAUUUAAUGUGUGUUCAGUUAUUCAUAAGUGAACGCAUUUUGAAUAUGA